AUGGGCGAAGAAACAAGCAAUUCCACGCAAAAUAAAACACGGACAAAGACCACGCGACCUAAGGCGGUUUACCUGUGGACAGUGAGCGAUGUGCAAAAGUGGUACCGCCGCCACUGCGGCGAAUACACCCAGUACGAGCAGCUCUUGCCCAGCACGACAUUACGGGAAGAGCUGCUACGCAUCACAGAUUCCUCACUGCAGCGAAUGGGCGUGUCGGAUAACCGGGAUCGAGAAGCCAUUUGGAGAGAGAUUGUUAAGCAACGACUCAAAACGGACAUCAUGGAAAUCCGCGAUAUGGAGACUCAACAUACAUUCGUAAUUAUUGAUCUACAGGCUUAA